CGGGUGGAGUGGGUCGGUUUUUACCAUGGGCAGCCCUGCAACGGACUGUAAGCAAGAAAGAAGAAGAUACAGUAGUUUAGGUUUUGAGCGUGGCCAGUGAGCGACAAACCGAGGGUAAUAAUGGCUGCAACACAAUCUUAUUGCUUUUCUCCUCCUUGUUAUCCACUAAUUCUCAAUAAACAACCCCCUUCAAUUUUCACAAUCAGCAGCAACCGUUAUCUCGCGCCUCGUGCUGUUCACUAUUAUAAACCCAAUGGAAUUUAUAGCCCCAAUCUCCACCACCACAACAAGAGUAGCAGUAAGGCUACCGAGUCCCCGCUUGCACUAGCCCUCGUUAUGGACGCUCAACGUUUUCAACACGACACCGAGUCUGAGACUGAGUCGGAUACCGAGUUUGAGGCUGAGGUGGAGCAUAAGCAGCAAAGCAGACAACCAGUACCUUGCCAAUUAUAUGUUUGUAAUCUUCCAUCUGCUUUCGAUAUUUCGAACCUUCAUCAACUCUUUAAUCCUUUCGGCACGGUUCAAUCUGUUGAGGUCACAAGGGAUCCCCAAACUGGCCUAAGCCGUGGCUGUGGUUAUGUUACUAUGAGCUCAAUUCAUGAAGCGAAAUAUGCAAUUUCCACUCUAGACGGCUCUGAUGUCGGUGGACGUGAACUUCGCGUUAUGUUUGCAGUUGAUGUAGAGACGGGAAGGAGGAAUGUUGAUGCAUUGAACUCGACGCCUAAAACAGACAUGGUUUUUGAAAGCCCUUAUAAAUUAUAUGCUGGGAAUCUCACAUGGUCUGUUAAGCCGGAGGAAUUGAGAAAUCUUUUUUGCCAGUUUGGUACCGUGGUUAGUGCAAGAGUGAUGCGAGAUCGUAAAUCUGGAAAAAGCCGUGUUUAUGGUUUUGUAUCAUUUUCCUCACCUGAUGAACUUGAGGCUGCUAUGGCUUUGAAUAAAACAGACUUCCGUGGGAGGAAUAUAGUACUUAGGGAAGUAAAACAUAAAUCAGGCUUGGAAGCUUGAUGUUAAAACAUUUUCAUGGACAAACACUAGGAAAGCAAAGUAUCAGGUGAAUGCAUAUAGGAGGCAGUGCACCCUGGGCACAAGAUCAGUAUGAGAUAAGUAAAAAAUUCCUUGAAGUGGGGUGCUCUAGAAGAAUGCAUGGACUGGGGGAAAAUGGUAAUGCAAAGUGGCUUUGCACUCAAGUAAGUCAGCAUAUUCAAGCAAGGACCGGCCUAGGUUGAUUGACAACAAAUGACCGACUCAUGUUGGUCAUGCGUGCACCUUCAAGCCUAAAUAUUAGUAUUGUGUUUGCUACUCAGAUAGGUUGUAUGUGCACCUCAAGCCUAGAUAUUAUUUUAUUUUUCCCCAAGAUUUUUGCUUUUUUAGUACUGGACAGUGGACACAUUGUCAGGAUAAACUUUAGUUUAGCAUUGAGCAGCACCCUAAGGACUCGUAUCAGCAGUAACAAUGUCUUCUUAACAUAGAUCAAAGCCGCCUUGAAGCCUGAAGGAAGUUCCAGACCCUCGAGUGUGAGAGCGAUAGGAAAGUGAGCAUAGAAAAGUCUUUGAUAAGACUAACAGGCGAGGACACACGGAUUACUUGGUACCAGUUGACUGAGUACUGUUUGUGGAGUCUGCUUGAGAUGGUUCAAAUUGCAGCUCAAUUACUGAUUAAACUUUUGAUUUAUUAUACCGUUGAAACAACAUACUUACUGUGGCUCAAAGGUAUUUUACGAAUAAA